AUGCUUUCCUCCGAACAAGUGAAGCAGUUUAACGACGAAGGGAUGCUUUGCAUUCCGGACUUCCUUUCCCCCGACCAAAUCGCCCAGCUCCUGGCGAGAGCACACACAUUGUUGGACGACUUUGACCCGCUGGCCCACCCAAAAACGCUAUUUUCCACGUCAACGGAUAACCAUGUGGGCAACCAAUACUUUCUUGACUCCCUGGAUAAGGUGAGUUUCUUCUUUGACACCGAUGCCGUCGAUAGCGACGGAAAUUUGGUGUACCCAAAACAAGUGGCCAUCAAUAAGAUCGGCCACGGGCUCCAUCUCCACGAACCGGCAUUUGAGAAAGUUACCUUUGACGAUAAGGUACAAGGGAUUGCCAAAUCUCUCCAAUACGAGGACCCCCGAGUGCUUCAGAGUAUGCUUAUCUUUAAGCACCCAGCGCAGGCGAAAAAGAUCAGAGACAACGAAGUACCGCCUCACCAGGACGGUACUUUCCUCUAUACCGACCCACCCCUGGCUCUAGGCUUUUGGUUUGCUUUGGAAGAUGUUACUAAGGAUAAUGGCUGCUUAUACUAUGCUCCUGGCUCUCAUAAGAAGUUCCCCAUUAUCUCGCGAUUUGUCCGUACGCCAAAGGCUCCAGGCACCGAGAUGAUGGGGCUCGCAGACGUCCACGACCCUGAGCCGCGAGACUCUCUAAAAUACGUCCCCAUGGAGUGUAAGGCCGGCUCCCUCAUCUUGAUCCAUAACCAAGUGCUCCACAAACUGGAGAAGAACGAGAGCGAUAAGCUGAGAUUUGCCUAUGCCUUCCACUUGAUUGAAGGCACGGCUGACUACGACGAAUUCAACUGGCUCCAGGUACCGUCGCUGGGAGGCACCAACUUCUCUAAAUUGUUUAAGGACUGA